GUACUAGACACAAGGAUUCUCUGGAAUCUAAGGGAUGCUCUGCCAACACAACAGCAUCCUCUGGCCAAAGGGUCAGCCCCUCGUCUCCUGUUGUCACAGGUCCAAGUGUCAGUGAGCCUCCGGGCCCCUGCAGAGUGUCUGCUCGCCCAGCCCCUGCUGCAGAUGUGGACCUGAAAUCCUCCGGCUCGCAUUCUGAUCACGCCUCUGAAACCUCACUGCCUGAAAUCCAAAAGGAUAAAUACCUCAAGGAGUGUAGCCUGCUAAAGCCGCAGACAAAAGACGGGCAGCGUCCAGAGUGGACAUUUUACCCGAGGCUGAGCAGCAACAUCCACACCUACCACAUCGGGAAGCAGUGCUUCUUCCAGGGCGUCUUCCUCGGCAACAGGAGGUCUCUGGCAGAGAGGACAGUGGACAAGUGCCUCGGGAGGAAGAAAUAUGAUAUUGAUUCCAGGAAUGGAAUCCCAACGUUAACUCCAGGAGAUAAUCCAUAUAUGUACCCAGAACAGAGUAAGGACUUCUACAAAGUAGGAGCAACUCUCCCACCAGUGAAUUUUUCAUUAGUGCCUUAUGAAAAGAAACUUGAUACAUUUAUUCCACUUGAGCCUCUUCCACGAAUUCCCAACUUGCCUUUCUGGGUAAAGGAGAAGGCCAACAUGCUGAAGAAUGAGAUAAGAGAAGUUAAGGAGCUGGACAGUUGGCAGUCAUCGAUCCCUUUGAUACAGAGUUUGUACGCUACUGAGUUGGCUGCAGUUGAUUCCCGUGGGCUCCGGAGUGACUCAACAUCUUCCUACAGUGGAAACUAAGGACCAAAUUUCUUAAGAACUAUGUACUAGGUAUCUCUUCUACUUUAAUCUCUCUCAGGUUCAAAGGCCUCCUGACCCAAAGCCCUCUUCUUGAGUUUCCGUUUCAUCACCAUCGACCAGAAGACUAUAUUUGUUCUAAUCAAGACUUGGAAGGGAAGCAAGUUGGAACCCUCCUGGAAAGGACCCUACCUGUCUUGCUUACCACAGAGACUGCUGUUUGGACUGUAGAGUGAGG